AUGUGCACCCUGUCCGACACCUCCUGCCUUGCUUUCUGGGCUCCACUGCCCCUCCCUGGCCCUCCCUUGGGACCAGGACUGGCAUCAAAGGGUCCUGCCUGUCUUCCAGUACCCAUCUUCAGCCAGAAGAAAAAAAAUAGGCAGCCACUAACCUCAGUUCCUCCAAAAAAUGAAGGCUCUGCUUUCGCUCCAGAAAGUUUUGAAUUCUCCUCCAUGGCAGCGGGGGAUUCAGAUUCCAUGUGGGCAAGCAGAACUUACCAGGCAAUCAAUGCAGCAAAAAAUGUAGACUGUAGAAAAGGGAACAGUCGCUCAAUACUGGACUUAAAGGCUUUCAAUGUCUUCAAUCAAGCACAAGAAUUCUGCAUGGAACCUAUCAGGACUUUUGCUGUCAAGGUGGAUGUUCAGGCCUCCUUUGAUGCCAGCUUCGGACAUAAGCUUUCAAAACAGACAUCCACAUCAUCAUCAAAGAGAUCACAGUACUCUUUUGCUGCAUCAUCUGGAUCAAAGGAUUUCAAGCUUCCAUAUACCUUUAAAAAUGUUAAAAUGAAAAAAGAUGAUGCGUUUGAUGACAUGCCUGAGGAAGAAAUGGUGCAGGCUAUACCUCUUUAUCAAAUUACUUUAAAAGAAAAACGUAAUACUUUAAGAAUCAUAACUGCGUCAGUUGAAAGCAUGAAGCACUGGAGUCAGUACACCGACCAAACUCCACUACUAUUUGAGCUAUUAGCCGUACUUGAUUCUGCUGUCACAUCUGGAAGUCAUGGAUCAAAAUCAUUCAUUUUGAGGGAUGGAAAAAACCAUGUUUCGUGUGUAUUUUAUGAAAUUGACCGAGAUUUACCAAGACUAAUAAGAGGUCGAGUUCAUCGAGUCAUGGGGAAUUAUGAUAAAGAAAGAACCGUGCUAAAGUGUGUUUCUGUGAGGCCGGCAUCAACCGCAGAACAACAAACCUUUACAGAGUUUGUCACUGCUUCCAGUAAUGAGAUGGAACAAUACAUUAAGACAAUCAAUAACAUGUAA